UUUAGCUCGAACAGAUCGUGAAAUGGAUUUACUCUUUCUUAGCCAGCGCAUUUAUCUGGGCGAUGGCAGCCACGAAACGCCCCUCAACGGCGGCAUCAUCGUGGACACGGGCGGCAUCAUUCGGCGUGUGCUGCGCACUAAGCAGGAGGUAAACACCUAUCUGUACAACACAGAAUCGGAGGCUGUUUACGAUUUCGGGGAUCUGCUGCUGAUGCCGGGCUUGAUCGAUACGAAUGUGCACAUCAAUGAGCCGGGCGAGCGCACCGACUGGGAGGGAUUCGCGUCGGCGACCAAGGCGGCGGCUGCCGGCGGAUUCACGACCAUCAUAAAUCGACCCACUAAUGCCACGCCCCCCACAGUGAAUGUGCAGACGCUGAAGGCGAAGGCGGCGACGGCACGCGGCAAGAUCUAUGUGGAUGUCGGCUUCUGGGGCGGCCUGGUGCCGGGCAACACGGAUCAGCUGGUGCCGCAGCUGGCAGCCGGUGUCGUCGGACUACAGUGCACACUCUGCCCUAGCGCACAGCCGGUGGGCGAUGAGUUCGCAGCAAUCAACGAAACUCAGCUAGGCGAGGCACUGCAUCAGCUAAGCAAGGAGCAGGCAGCAGAUGCGCUCAUAGCGUUCCACGCCGAGCUGCCAGCAACGGAGUCUCAGCAGCAGCCGGACGAGGCGUCAAGCAAAUGCUAUGGAAGCUUUCUUCGGUCACGGCCCGCCAGCAUGGAGCUGUCGGCGGUGCAGCUGAUCUGCCGCGCCGCCGCAGCGCAGCCCCAGCAUCGCUAUCACAUCAUGAAUCUCAGCUGCGCCGAGGCACUGCCCGUGCUGGAGGCGUGCCGGCAGGAGUCGGGCGUGCAGCUGAGCGCCGAGACGUGUCCACACUACUUGGCGCUGGGGGCGGAGCAGGUGCCCGACUGCGGCACAGAGUUCAAGACCUGGCCGCCCAUACGCGAGCGGGCCAAUCAGGCGGCCCUGUGGUCGGCGCUGCGCCGGCCGGAGUCGACGCUGCAGCUCAUCGCCAGCGAUCACUCCUCGGCAACGCCGGGUGCCCGUUGUCUGACCUACGGCCGGGCACGCGGCAAUUUCAUGAACGCCUGGCCGGGCAUCAGCUCGCUGCAGCUGAGCCUGCCGGUGGUGUGGACGCGUGCCCGACAGACGGAGCAGCCGCUCAGCCUGGCCGAGGUGCAUCGCCUGAUGUGCUGGCAGCCGGCGCAGCUGUGCGGCCUGUCCAGCUUCAAGGGGCGCAUUGCCGAGGGCUACGACGCCGACUUCUGCAUCUGGAAUCCGGACGAGGAGUUCACCGUCUGCAGCGAUCAGCUCUACGCGUCGCACAAGUCGCCCACGCCCUAUGCCGGCCAGCGGCUGAGCGGUGUGGUGCAUGCGACAGUGGUGCGCGGUCUGCAUGUCUAUCAGCAGUACGAGGGCUUCGGCCAGCCCCUGGGCAAGGUGCUGCUGCGCAAGAGCAGCUCGAAGCUGGUCAAGUUCGUGCGACUCUAAAAAAAGAUUCGAAUUGAUUGCCUAAUUAAAUAAAUUGUGCUCGA